CCAGGUAGACCGUGAAGGCCGGGUCCUCCUUUUGCGUGAUGACGUCAGCACACUUCCUGUCCUCACGCGAGUAACAGUUGUGCCGCACGCCUUUUCUGUGCCUGCUCAUACAGCAAAACUGGAUUUUAAAACAGCUUAAACGAAACAUCACUUUCACCCGGUCGUAGAUUGGCAGCAUCCUUCAGCAAUGUCUCGAUUUUUUGCCACUGGGUCUGACAGUGAGUCAGAGGAGUCCUCAUCUGCCGAUGAGAUCACCCCUAAGGCACCCGGAGCCACUUUCAAGCAGUCGCUGCUUCUUAGCGACGAUGAGGAGGACACAAAAAGAGUGGUGCGCAGCGCCAAAGAUAAAAGGUUUGAAGAGUUGACGAACCUCAUAAAGACUAUCCGCAACGCUAUGAAGAUUCGAGACAUGUCCAAGUGUCUGGAGGAGUUUGAGCAGCUUUGUCGAGCCUUCCUUAAAAGCAAGAAUAUAGUGGAUAAAGAGGGUGUUCCUCCCUUCUAUAUCCGCCUUCUGGCUGACUUGGAGGACUACUUGAACCAGCUUUGGGAGGAUAAAGAGGGGAAGAAGAAGAUGAACAAGAACAAUGCAAAAGCUCUCAGCACCCUGCGUCAGAAGAUCCGCAAGUACAACAGAGACUUUGAGUCAGAAAUAGCAGCAUACAAGGAGAAUCCACAGGAGUCUGCAGAUGAGGAGGAGGAGGAGAAGGAGCCAGAGGACUCUGGCUCGUCCUCUGACAGUGAAGGAGAGGUGUCAUCAAAGUCCUUCUUGAAGAAAAAGCCUGAGGCGCCUUCAGAAGCCACCAAGUUUCUAAAGUCUGCCAAGGGAUCUGGGGAUGAGUCUUCUUCCUCUGAUGAAGAUGAUGACGAUGAUGAUGAUGAAGACUGGGGCUCAGACCAGUCAGGCAGCAGCGGUGAAACCUCUGAUAAGGAAGAAGGAAAGACCUCAUCCAUGUCUAUGCUCUUCCUCAAGAAGUCCCAGGACACUGAAAAGCCUGGAGUCAGGAAGGAGGAGAGGAAGAAGAAACUCAAACAGAAAGAACGAAUUGAGGAGGAGGCUGAGGAGGAAGGAGGCGAGGAGGCCGGGGGAGGCUGGGAGAAGGUUAAGGGAGGAGUACCUCUGGUUAAGGAGAAACCCAAAAUGUUUGCUAAAGGCACCGAGAUCAACACAGCGGUGGUGGUGAAGAAGCUGAAUGAGAUCCUGCAAGCAAGAGGCAAAAAGGGAACAGACAGGGCGGCUCAAAUUGAGCUAUUUCAUGCUCUGGCAGCCAUCGCUGCAGAGAAUAACUUGGGCCAAGGUAUCCUGGUCAAGAUCAAGUUCAACAUUAUUGCCUCCUUGUACGACUACAACCCCAACCUGGCAGCCUUCAUGAAACCUGACAUGUGGAAAAAGUGUCUGGAUUGUAUAGAUGAGCUGCUGGACAUUCUCUUUGAGCACAACAACAUCUUCAUUGGAGAGAACAUCGCAGAGGACAGCGAGAAUCUGGCCGUCUCCGAUCAGCCUUUCAGGGUGCGCGGAUGCAUCUUAACCCUGGUAGAAAGGAUGGAUGAAGAAUUUACAAAGAUCAUGCAGAACACUGAUCCCCACUCUCAGGAAUACGUUGACAAUCUCAAAGAUGAGGGCAGGGUUUGUGGCAUCGUUGACCGGCUGCUCACCUACAUGGAGAACAAAGGCUCCACAGAAGAAAUUUGCCGUGUCUACCUGCGCAGAAUCAUGCACACCUACUACAAGUUUGACUACAAAGCUCACAGACGCAGCCUGGGCCUGCAGGGAGAGACCAAGUCCGAGCAGGACCAGGAGGAGAGCGAGGGAGAGGACAGCGCUGUGAUCAUGGACCGCCUCUGCAAGUUCAUCUACGCCAAGGAUCGCACCGACCGUAUCCGUACCUGUGCUAUCCUCUGCCACAUAUAUCACCAUGCUCUGCACUCACGCUGGUACCAGGCACGUGACCUGAUGCUGAUGAGUCACCUGCAGGACAACAUCCAACACGCUGACCCACCUGUACAGAUCCUGUACAACAGAACAAUGGUCCAACUUGGCAUUUGUGCAUUUAGGCAGGGCAUGAUUAAAGAUGCCCACAAUGCACUGCUGGACAUUCAGUCCUCUGGCCGUGCCAAGGAGCUGCUGGGUCAAGGUCUGCUCAUGAGGAACAUGCAGGAGAGGAAUGCAGAGCAGGAGAAGAUUGAAAAGCGAAGACAAGUGCCGUUCCACAUGCACAUCAACCUGGAGCUGCUGGAGUGUGUGUACCUGGUGUCAGCCAUGCUGCUGGAAAUACCCUACAUGGCCGCCCAUGAGUUUGAUGCCCGCCGCCGGAUGAUCAGCAAGCAGUUCCACCACCAGCUCAGGGUCGGGGAGAGACAGCCCCUGCUAGGACCCCCAGAGAGCAUGAGGGAGCACGUGGUGGCAGCCAGCAAAGCCAUGAAGAUGGGAGACUGGCGUACCUGCCACUCUUUCAUCAUCAAUGAGAAGAUGAACAGUAAGGUUUGGGACCUGUUCCCCGAGGCACAGAGAGUACGCGAGAUGCUCGUCAGGAAAAUCCAAGAAGAGUCACUGAGGACCUAUCUGUUCACCUACAGCAGUGUAUACGACUCCAUCAGCAUGGCUACGCUGUCUGAGAUGUUUGAAUUGGAGAUGCCCACAGUCCACAGCAUAAUCAGCAAGAUGAUCAUCAACGAGGAGCUGAUGGCGUCACUCGACCAGCCCACACAGACGGUAGUGAUGCACCGCACUGAGCCAACGUCUCUGCAGAACAUGGCUCUGCAGUUGGCAGAGAAACUGGGCAACUUGGUGGAGAACAACGAGCGCGUCUUUGACCUCAAACAGGGCGUCUAUGGAGGUUACUUCAACAGGGAUCAGAAAGGUGGCUACCAACAGAAGCAAUCCUACCAGAGAGAUCAGAAAUCUUACCAGCAGAAGCAGUCGGGUUACCAGAGAGGCGGUUACAGGAAUCAAAAUCAAGGAAAUUAUUGAGCUUGAAGUUUGUGGAUUUCAGUUUUUCCAGUAGAGCUGGUCUUCAUUUCAAAACAAGAUCAACACCCCAUGUUUGUGUGCUUGGCUCUUGGCCGUGCUCCCUCAAUAAAACUGUUUUGCUGCUACUCCAAUGUCUGCUAGUGCUGCUUUGUCUCAGCAACUGCAGAAUGUAAUAUUCCACUUCCAAUAAAUAUGAAGUUUUAUUAUUUCUAACAGAAAUUACUGAUGUUACAGUGUGGCAGUACAGUUAAGGGAUAAAAAUGUGUUAUUGACUAAUAUUUAUCAAAUAAAUAAAGUGUGUUUUGGUG